AAAACCAUUUCUGUUUUUCAUUAAAGUUGUCUAAUGGCAAAAUAAAACUAUUCUUUAAGGGGAAAAUAAGUGAUGUGAUUGGUCACCGAACUCCGUCUUAAUUGUAACCUUAUGUUUGGCAUGUGGAAUUCUGGGACUUUGGCACGCGCCCAGGAAUCCUCAGAAUGUCAAGGUUUUUUCUCCCUUCAUCCAUCCUUCCUCCCUCCCUCUUUCUUCAUCCAUCCCUCCCUCUUUCUCUCCGCUGAUCGUUCCUUUGCCGUAUUGCUCGAGUGUCUUACAUCAGCCUAGCGAAAAGAGACCGAGCGGAGAGAAGUUUCUAAGCGAUAGAACUUGCACGGCAACAGAUUCACACUGGAAUACUCUCUCGUUUCCUCCGAACAAAUGGUUGAAUAAGAAAAACUAUCGAGACGUUCCCUGGUCCUGACUUGCCGUGUGUGUGUGUACCUAGUGUGUGUGUGUGUGUGUGUGGGAUGAAGCACCUGUGGGACACACACUUCCCUCUCCUCAUCCUGCUGUACUUGCUAGGAGCUGUGAUGUCACAGGUCAACCCAGGAGUGUGUCGCUACCCUCUAGGGAUGUCUGGAGGUCAGAUCCAGGAUGAAGACAUCUCUGCUUCCAGUCAGUGGUCUGAGUCCACAGCAGCACGCUAUGGCAGGCUGGACUUUGAGGACGGCGAUGGUGCGUGGUGUCCGGAGGGGACUGUGGAGCCGGACAGUGUGAAGGAGUUCCUGCAGGUGGACCUGCGCUCGCUGCACUUCCUGACGCUGGCCGGCUCCCAGGGUCGUCACGCCGGGGGAAUUGGGAACGAGUUUGCCCAGAUGUACAAGAUCAAGUACAGCAGAGACGGCAGCCGCUGGAUCUCCUGGAGGAGCAGGCAGGGCCAGCAGGUCAUCGAGGGGAACAGGAAUGCGUAUGACAUUGUGCUGAAGGACCUGGAGCCGCCCAUCAUCGCUCGCUUUGUGCGUUUCCUGCCCGUCACCGACCACGCCAUGAACGUCUGCAUGAGGGUGGAGCUGUACGGCUGCCAGUGGCUGGAUGGUCUGGUGUCCUACAAUGCUCCUGCAGGAGAGCAGAUGAAUCUACACAGUCAGCACGUUUACCUCAACGACUCUGUCUACGACGGAGCUAUUAUCUACAGUAUGACGGAAGGUCUGGGCCAGCUGACAGAUGGGAUGUGUGGAUUGGACGAUUUCACCCACAGUCAUGUGUACAACGUGUUGCCGGGAUACGACUACGUGGGCUGGACCAAUGAGAGCUUCCCAAGCGGAUAUGUGGAGAUCAUGUUUGAGUUUGACCGUAUGCGAAACUUUACCACCAUGAAGGUACACUGUAACAACCUGUAUACGCAGCAGGUGAAGGUGUUCCGCCAGGUGGUAUGUUACUUCCGCUCCGAGUCAGACUGGGAGGCCACACCUCUCUCUUUCACCCCGGGGAUGGACGUCCUGAACCCCAGCGCCCGAUUCGUCACCGUCCCCUUGGCCAAUCACAUGGCCAGCUCCAUCAAGUGCCAGUUCUACUUUGCCGACACCUGGAUGAUGUUCAGCGAGGUGACCUUCCAGUCAGACACAGCCAUGUACAACACCACCCUGGCACCGCCCAAGACUGGACCCCCCACCAGCACACAACCAGGGGAUGACCCCACCCACAAAGUAGACGACAGCAACACACGCAUUCUGAUUGGCUGUUUAGUCGCCAUCAUCUUGAUACUGGUGGCCAUCAUCGUCAUCAUCUUGUGGAGGCAGGUGUGGCAGAAGAUGCUGGAGAAGAGCCAGACGUUCACCUACAGCCCCAGCAGCCAGGUGUCCAGCCCCCAGCGAGAGCAGGAGACCAGCUCCACCUAUGAGCACAUCUUCCCCCUGGACCCUGCUCCUGGUCCUAACCCUGGUCCUGCUCCUAGCCCUGGUCCUGGUCCUAGCCCUGGUCCUAACCCUGGUCCUGGCCCUGACUACCAGGAGCCUUCUCGCCUGUUACGCAAGCUGCCUGAGUUCUCUUCAGAGGAAGAGGGCUCGACCAGCUCCACAGCCUCCACGUCUCCCAUGGCAACCGGGGCAUCCCAGGACGCAGCGCCUCACUACGCAGAGGCCGAUAUCGUCAACCUGCAGGGCGUUACCGGCGGCAACACCUACGCCAUCCCAGCGGUAACCAUGGACCUGUUGUCGGGAAAAGACGUCACCGUGGAGGAGUUUCCAAGGAAACUACUGACUUUCAAGGAGAAACUGGGAGAGGGCCAGUUCGGAGAGGUGCACCUGUACGAGGCAGAAGGUCUCCAGGAGUUCUUGGGGGAGUUCUCCUCCAGCGACAACCAGCCUGUCAUGGUGGCAGUUAAGAUGCUCAGAGCGGACGCCAACAAGAAUGCCAGGAAUGACUUCCUGAAGGAGAUCAAGAUCAUGUCUCGUCUGAAGGACCCCAACAUUGUGCGCCUGCUGGCGGUGUGUGUGUGCAGCGACCCGCUCUGCAUGAUCACAGAGUACAUGGAGAACGGAGACCUCAACCAGUUCCUGUCCAGACACCAGCCUGAGGACCAGCUGGCCCCCCUCAGCAACACCCCCACCGUCAGCUACAGUAACCUGCACCACAUGGCCGUUCAGAUCGCCUCGGGGAUGAAGUACCUCUCCUCUCUGAACUUCGUCCACCGAGACCUGGCCACCAGGAACUGCCUGGUGGGCCACAGCUUCACCAUCAAGAUCGCAGACUUCGGCAUGAGCAGGAACCUGUACAGCGGGGACUACUACCGCAUCCAGGGCCGCGCCGUGCUGCCCAUCCGCUGGAUGUCCUGGGAGAGCAUCCUGCUGGGGAAGUUCACCACGGCCAGCGACGUGUGGGCCUUCGGGGUGACGCUGUGGGAGACGCUGACCUUCUGCAAGGAGCAGCCGUACUCUGAGCUCACGGACGAACAGGUCAUAGAGAACACCGCCGAGUUCUUCAGGGACCUGAAGAGACAGAUCUACCUUCCCCAGCCGGUCCUCUGUCCAGACUCUGUGUACAAGGUCAUGCUGAGCUGCUGGAUCAGGAACACUAAGGAGAGGCCCUCCUUCCAGGAGAUCCACCAGGCCCUGCUGGCCAGCCGGGCCAGUAGCUCCUAACUCCAGGAGAGAUACCAAGCCUCGCUGGCGCCCCCUGGUGUCUGGUGCCAGACUUCAGGACUGGGAUUCCCAAUAUGGUGCCUAUGAAAUAGAUCAGAUCAAGUUUUAAAAUAUCCAGCUUUAAAGCUACAACUCCAAAUAGACUGACCAAGCAACACACACACACACAUAUAACACACAUACACACACACACACACACACAUAUAACACACAUACACACAC